AAUCAUCUAAUUCAAUCUUACAUACCUUAAAUCUGUUAUCAGAACUUAUCAUUUAGGAAAUGCGAUAUUAAAAAUUACCAAUGAAAAUAACCUACAGAUGACGCUCAGAUCUUCACCAGUUUCUUCAUUUUAAACAGCUGUUUAUUAAUCAGUCUAUUUAAUAGUUUAAUCACUUAACAAUUCUAAUCGAUCUAUUUAUUGUCAUUCACUCUAAAUCGUAGUUCUACCUUUCUGCUUUGCUCAUUCAUCAUUUUGUUCAAUUUGAGUCUACAUUGCAUGAUAUCCAACAUGGUAAACAUUCAACAACUAUAACUAUCUCCACCGGCCGUUUGUACUGAUUAUACUGCUACAAUCGAUAAUUGACUUUUGAAUAGUGUUGAACUUAGCGUCUAUUCUUCUAAUUUAAGAUGGCUGCUUUCGAAGAAAUGGGUAUAUUGCCAGAAAUUGGUAAAGCUGUCGAAGAAAUGGAGUGGAGUUUACCCACGGAUAUUCAAGCUGAAGCAAUUCCGUUGAUUCUGGGUGGCGGAGAUGUUCUCAUGGCAGCUGAAACAGGCUCUGGUAAAACUGGUGCUUUUUGUUUGCCUGUUUUGCAGAUUGUUUGGGAAACUUUAAAUGACAAGAACAAGGCUCGGUCCUCUGGUCAAUCAAUGGACAAAUGGCUGUUGGCAUUUAAAGAUAGAUCUGAAAAUCUGGUGGUCAGUAAUGAUGGAUUAAGUUGUCAAAGUAAAGAUGCAAAACAGUGGCAAGGAGUUCGAGCCAAUCGUGGUAUUGUUCGUGAUCCAAAAGUCAGAACCAAUAAAUUUUAUUAUGAAGUAUAUUUCAAAGAGGCUGGACUAGCCCGAGUUGGUUGGGCCUUAAGCAAUGGCUCACUCGAUUUAGGGACUGAUAAAAUUGGAUGGGGCUUUGGAGGUACUGGGAAAAAAAGUAAUUCUAGAAAUUUUGAAAACUACGGCACAACUUUUGGUGAUCGUGGAGAUAUCAUAGGAAAUGUUCUCGAUCUUGAUAGUGAAACUAUUUCAUGGACGAAAAAUGGAGAAUAUCUCGGAGAAGCUUUCCGAAUUCCAAAAAAUCUUGUCAAUCAAGCAUUUUACCCUUGUGUAUGUACAAAAAAUGCUAUGGUUACUGUAAGGUUUGAAAAAUCAACUGAAGGUAAAUCUGAUGCUCCGCCAAACUUCAAUUGGGUAUCGAAAGCUUCAAGUUCUCAGUACAUAAAUAACACUAACAUAGGGACCUCAACAGACGAAAAAACUAAAGUCAGUGGUCCAAGAGCGGUGAUUAUCGAACCUAGCAGAGAGCUAGCUGAGCAAACUCUUAAAUGUUUGGACUCUUUCAAAAAAUAUCUCCCCGGUGAUAUAAGACUCCUGUUGAUUAUUGGUGGAGGUAAUGCUAAAGAACAAAUGGAUCAAAUUCGUCAGGGAGUUGACAUUGUGGUUGCGACUCCAGGUCGACUCGAAGAUUUAGUUUUCAAUAAUGCUCUUAGUCUAAAGCAAUGCAGAUUUUUUAUUUUAGAUGAAGUUGAUGGUCUACUUCAGCAAGGACAUACAGACAUUAUAAAUCGUCUUCAUGCUCAAAUUCCUAGAAUGUUUGAUGAUGGUAGAAGACUUCAAAUGGUUGUUUGCUCAGCAACUUUGCAUAACUUUGAUGUCAAAAAACUUGCUGAAAGAGUGAUGUUCUUUCCUGCUUGGGUCGACUUAAAGGGUGAAGAUUCUGUGCCUGAAACUGUUCAUCACGUCAUAUUUAGAAUUGAUCCCAGAGAAGAUGAUCUUUGGAAGAAAUUGAAAAAAACAAUAAAAACUGAUGGAGUUCACAGCAAAGACCGUAUUAGUCCUAAUCAACCAAAUGCAGAAACUCUUAGUGAAGCAAUAAAACUUCUCAAAGGUGAAUACACUGUGAAAGCCAUAGACAAGCUCAAAGUUGAUCAAGCCAUUAUUUUCUGCCGAACAAAACUUGACUGCGAUAAUCUAGAAAGUUAUCUCAAUGAUAUAGGUGGAGGUCAACGGCAAAACCUUAAAUAUUCUUGUGUUUGUCUUCAUGGUGAUCGAAGACCUCAAGAACGUAAAACAAAUUUGGAAAAAUUCAAAGCAGGUGAAGUCAAAUUUCUCAUCUGUACUGAUGUAGCUGCUCGUGGUAUUGAUAUUAAGGGAAUUCCAUUUGUAAUUCAAGUAACUCUGCCUGAUGAGAAAGCUAAUUAUGUGCACAGGAUCGGUAGAGUUGGCCGAGCUGAGAGAAUGGGUCUUGCAAUAAGUUUAGUAGCAUGUGUACCUGAGAAAGUUUGGUUUCACUCUAAUUGUGCCAAUAGAGGAAAAAACUGUUUCAAUACUAAUUUAACUCAAGAUGGUGGUUGUUGUAUCUGGUAUAAUGAAUUACAGCUUUUAGCUGACAUUGAAGAACAUUUAGGCUGCACAAUUUCAACUAUUGGAUCUGACUUUAAACUGGAAGUCAAUGAGUUUGAUGGAAAAGUUGUCUACGGAGAGAAACGUUCCGGUGGAAGUGGCAUCAACUACAAAACUCAUGUUGAUCAAUUAGCUUCAGUUGUCAAAGAGCUUUCAAAUCUUGAAGGACUUGCUCAAAGUAAAUUCUUAAAGAUUAGUAUGAUGAAAAUUUGAGUUACGACCCAAAGCCUGCCUUACGCUAAAACUCUGUUUUUGAUUAUGCAUUUGACUGCUUGCAUCGCAAGGCCACAACAGUCCCCUGCUUGAACAGCAUAGGGACUUUAAUGUUAAUUUGUAUCUAAAUAAAAUACAGGCAUUUUUUGCUAUCAAAUAAAUCUUUAUCUACUUUAA